AGACAACCACUUUGCUUUAAUUUUGUGGGAUUCGGACUUUUUCAUUAGAUUUCAAUAUUUUCAUUUUCAUGGCUUCUCGAAUGGUGGCGGAGAAGAUGGGACACGUGGCGAGGCGGCAAGUCCUGAACUUAACGGACGCCGCCGCCGCCAGAAUACGCCACCUGCUACAGCAGCGCCAGCGACCCUUUCUCAAAUUGGGCGUUAAAGCACGCGGCUGUAACGGCUUAUCCUACACCCUCAACUACUCAGAUGAGAAAGGGAAGUUUGACGAAUUGGUUGAGGACAAGGGUGUAAAGAUAUUAAUAGAUCCAAAGGCCCUCAUGCAUGUAAUUGGGACCAAGAUGGAUUUUGUAGAUGACAAACUCAGAUCUGAGUUCGUAUUUAUCAAUCCGAACUCUAAAGGGCAGUGUGGUUGUGGGGAAUCCUUCAUGACAACAAACAGUACAGGAGCUGCUAAGUAGGGUCAUGGUUAAACUUGUGAUCAAAACUGUAAGGAACCCUUUGUUUUAUUAUUCAUCAGCCAAGCUUAGUAUCAAUGGUUGUCUGCUAAAUUUUUACCUGAAGAACGAUGAAGAAUGAAAGCUUUGGCGUCUCCAGUUGCCUCUCUUAGCAGGUAGCGGCCAUGCUAACAUGGCUCUAGUGUAUACACUCUUCUCUGGAACUGAUGCUCAUUGGGCUUACAAAAACGUUAAUCUUGCCAUGUUCUUUUUUGAUGUAAUUGUUUCGUUGGUAAGGACCAGAAUAUGUUAAGCAGCUUACAUGUAAAAACUGUUGAAAAUGAAUCUUGAGACAACUUAUAGUGUUACAACUCCUACAUUCUUGAUGAGUUAGAUCCGUGUCUUUAACCUUUUAAAGAAAAAUUGCCAGGUUAAGAUGUAAGUUUCAGAACAUUUUGGGAACAAUUUUGUCAAAUUGUAAUUUUGUGACUUUUCUAAUAAUUAAAGAAGUUUAUGCAAGGUAUA